UACGACCUCAGCUGUAGUGUGCAGCCUGCGGCAGUGUGCAGGGGCCCCGGCCAGUCUGCUGCUCUCUUGGCCGGCCUCUCCACCACCACCACCAGCAGCAGCAGCAGCAGCAGCAGCAGCAGCAGCAGGCUAUCUCCUAUCUGCACAGCUAAAUGACAAGUCUAUUUUGGAAAAGGAGGCUGCGUCAAAAUAGGCACGUCAGCUAUUUGGCAUCAUGAGGUACCGGAGAAGAAAGAAAAAAUAAGUCUAGUCAACCGCCCACCGCAGGAGACUGGGGGGGAUGUUCCACCAUCCUGGAUUUACAACCAUUUCACGGAUAUUUGAGCGCAAAGAAGACAAUUUUUUUACAUUUUUUUUGGGUGGGAUUCCUAAAACACUGAUAUUGGAGUCCAACGGAAAUCCUUUGACGGCCAACUGAAGCCACAUGAUUCAGUUUUACCUGAGUGGCUGAAGACUCAAGGAGCAAACAAUGGAUCCAAACUUGUUUGGAGGAGUCCCCAGGUUUCUCAGCCGCCCAAAGGCAUUCGCAGUGUGUGUAGGCAAGGAUGCCACACUGAGCUGCACUGUUGUGGGCAGCCCGACCCCACUGAUCACCUGGGAAAAGGAGAAGCUGAAGCUGACAUCUGGGGGGCGCUUCAAGACCGUGGAGGAUGGAGACGUGUACCGCCUGACCAUCUAUGACUUAACGCUGGAGGACAGUGGCCAGUACAUGUGUCGCGCCAAAAACAGCGUUGGGGAAGCUUAUGCUGCUGUUACCCUAAAAGUGGCCCUACCAGCUGAGAUGGCUCAAAGGGCCCCUGUUUUCCUGCUUAAGCCGACCUCUACACGUGUAGGUUUGGGAGGUGAUGUUGUUUUCCUCUGCCGUGUUGCAGCUCACCCUGAAGCCAACUUUGAUUGGGAGAAAGAUGGGCGCUAUCUGGGGGAGUCUAACCGUAUCAAGAUUGUUAACGAAAGUGAUGGCAGCACCUUAAAGAUCCAAAGUGUACGUAACCUGGAUAGCGGCACCUACACCUGCAGGGCCAAGAACACCGUCGGCCGUGCACAGGCUGCAGCCGCUCUUGUCGUAGAUGCCCAGGAUUCCCACCACUUGACUGCAGACAAGAACACCUCCCUCCUCUCUCACCUACAAAAGCGCAAAGAAGAAAUGAAUAAGGACAUCUCCAUCUAUCGCACCGAAGAAAGCAGCACCUCUGUUUCUUCCUCCUCCACAGCCAGCAUCAGAGACGGGUUGAGUCUGGAACAUGAGCUGAGGGCAUCUGCUUUGGCGAAAUUGCCCAAAGGUGUGUUCACCCGUACCUGCACGGUGACUGAAGGCAAACACGCCAAACUCAGCUGUUUUGUGACGGGUCACCCAAAACCUCACAUUAUCUGGAGGAAGGAUGGAACGAAUAUCAGCGAGGGCCGCAGGCACGUCAUUUAUGAGGACCAAGCUGAGAACUUCAUCCUCAAGAUCCUGUAUUGCAAGCAGAGUGAUAAUGGUCUCUACACCUGCAAUGCCACCAAUAUGGCUGGGCAGACCUACAGUGCUGUAUUGGUAACGGUCAAAGAGCCUAAAGUGCCAUUCAGGAGGAAGCUGCUGGAUGUGGAGGUACAAGAGAAAUUGUCAGCUACACUGAUGUGUGAGGUGCCUCUCAUUCAAACCCAGGCAAACUGGUUCAUGGAGGAAACUCGGCUGGAGCAAAAUACCAAAUAUCGCAUCGAAGAGGAAGGCACCCUGCGUCGUCUCACCAUACACAAUGUCACCACAAAUGACGAUGGUGUUUAUAUCUGUGAGAUGAAAGAAGGCAGCCGCACUGUGGCUGAGCUCACUGUCCUGGGCAACAUUACUAAGAAGCUUCCCCGGAGGACAGUAGUUCCUGUCAGUGACACUGUCAUCUUCUGUGUGGAGCUGGAGCAUCCCUGCCCAGAUGCUUACUGGACUCGCAAUGGCGAGAAGCUGAAGGAAGACUCCCGUAUAUCCAUUGCCUGCGUGCUCAGACAGUACACACUCACAAUUAGAGAUUGCCAAGCAGAUGACUCAGGAGAAGUGGCGUUUGUGGCUGGAGACUGCAAAACCUCCACUCGAUUCUCUGUCACUGCUGCAAGGAAGCAUCCUCCUGAUCCCCCAGUCGAUGCUGUGGUUCAGAACAAGACUGACUCAUCCAUCACCAUUCAGUGGUCUCCUCCUGACAGUGACCGGCCUGUUCCAAUUAAGGGAUACAACGUGGAGAGGAGGAAGGUUGGCACUCAGACAUGGCAGAGGUGCAAUGCUGGUGAAACCCUUGUGUCUACAGAGAUCACCAUCUGCAACUUUACUGAAGAAGCCAGCUACCAGUUCCGCAUCUCUGCUAUGAACGACUUUGGCCAGAGCCCUUACCUGGAUGUGCCUGGAAGUUUCUACCUAGAACCCAAGGCUGAAAUCAGGAAAGGCCUGAUGAACAGCACUGCAGUCUCUGGUGAGGAGUUCUCUCUCUCCGUGGAGUUGUCUGCUGUUUGUUCUGGCUUCUGGUCUCUAAGUGGCCGCCUCCUGCGCAGCGGGGGUGACUACCUCAUCACUAGGUCUAAGAACACACACACUUUGCUCAUCCGUUUCGUGACCAUAGAGAUGAAUGGAGCUGAAGUCAAGUUUGUGGGCGGAGGCUCACAAAGCACGUGUAUCCUGUCUGUAAAAGCUCCUGCUGUUAGGUUCACCAACAAGUCUAAUGUGCUGGAGGUGGUGACCUGUAGCGCGCAAGACACUGCUCAGCUAACUGUCGAGGUGUCAGAUUACGAUGCACAGGUGGUUUGGAUGAAGAAUGGGCGGGAGCUGAAAAUGGGAAAGAAAUAUGAAUAUGUGAUCAUCGACCGCAAAAGGAUCUUGAUAGUGCACAAUGUUACAGAGGAAGAUGUGGGCAUCUAUGAGUGUGCUUUAGGUGAUGACAGAACGUCUGUUCAACUCUGUCUUAAAGAUGAGCCUGCCAAGUUUUUGAACAAAGCCAGAGGAACCGUGGGAAUGUCAUCAUCCCUCAAAGGAGAUCUUGAGCUGAGCUGUGAAGUAUCAUCUGCCAGUGCGGCCGUUGUGUGGAAAAGAGAUCAAGUUGUGAUCACUGAGGACCAAAGAACUAGCUUCAUCUCCAAAGGGACUCAAAGGAAGCUCAUCAUCAAAGGUGCCAAGAAAAGUGACGAAGGACAUUACUCCUGUGAGACAGGAACAGACAGAGUCACAUUCCAGGUCAAGAUAAAAGAAACUCUACCAAUAACUGCCUUCUUGAACAAAGAGGCAGUCCAGAAGGAGGUGAGAGCUACUCUCUCCCAGAGAGCAACUCUCAGUUGCAGUGUUUCUGAUAGCAAGACAGAGGUGAAAUGGUACAAAGAUGGCAAGCUGCUGAUAUCCAGUAGGACAAUAUACUCAGAAGUAAAAGAGAAUACUCGUCAGCUGGUGAUUGAAAAGGUGGAGAAGAGUGAUGCUGGAGAGUAUACGUGUGAAGCUGGAGGGGAUAAGAUGGUCUUCAAGAUAACUGUGUCAGAGGCCCAGUCGGCCUUCUUCAACAAGGAUUCAGUUCAAAAGGAGGUGAAAGCCACUGUCUCCCAGAAAGCCACUCUGAGCUGUGAGGUAGCUGAUAUUAAGACAGAGGUGAAAUGGUUCAAGGAUGGCAAGCUGCUGACUUCUGGCAAGACAAUCCAUACCGAGUUGAAGGGCAAGAGUCGGCAGCUGGUGAUAGACAGCGUGGAGAAGAAGGAUGCUGGGGAGUACAUCUGUGAGGCUGGGAGUGAGAAGUUGUCUUUUAAGAUGCACGUGGCAGAGGCCCAGUCAGCCUUCUUCAACAAGGAGUCAGUUCAGAAGGAGGUGAAAGCCACUCUCUCCCAGAAAGCCACUUUGAGCUGUGAGGUAGCUGAUACCAAGACAGAGGUGAAAUGGUACAAGGAUGGUAAGCUGCUGACUUCCAGCAAGACAGUCCAUACUGAGUCGAGAGGCAAAAGUCGGCAGUUGGUGAUCGACAGCGUGGAGAAGAAGGAUGCUGGAGAGUACAUCUGUGAGGCUGGGACUGAGAAGCUCUCUUUUAAGAUGCAUGUGGCAGAAGCCCAGUCAGCCUUCUUCAACAAGGAAUCAGUUCAGAAGGAGGUAAAAGCCACUCUCUCCCAGAAAGCCACUCUGAGCUGUGAGGUAGCUGAUACCAAGACAGAGGUAAAAUGGUUCAAAGAUGGCAAGCUGUUGACUUCCAGCAAGACAAUCCAUACUGAAUCAAAGGGCAAGAGUCGGCAGCUGGUGAUUGACAGCGUGGAGAAGAAGGAUGCUGGAGAGUACAUCUGUGAGGCUGGGACUGAGAAGCUCUCUUUUAAGAUGCAUGUGGAAGUUACAUCUACAGAAGUCCAGGCUAAAUCCGCUUUCCUCAACAAAGAGUCUGUCCAGAGGGAAGUGAUAACUACUCUCUCCCAGAAAGCCACUCUGAGCUGUGAAGUGGUUGAUAACAAGACCGAGGUGAAAUGGUACAAGGAUGGCAAGCUGCUGACUUCCAGCAGAGCUGUUCACAUGGAAUCAAAGGGCAAGAUUCGUCAACUGGUGAUCGACAGGGUAGAGAAGAAAGAUGCUGGAGAAUACAUCUGUGAAGUUGGAACAGAAAAAUUGGCAUUUAAAGUACAGGUGACAGAGAUCCAGUCAGUCAAGUCAGCCUUCUCCAACAAGGAGUCAAUUCAAAAGGAAGUGAAAGCCAUUCUAUCCCAGAAAGCCACUCUGAGCUGUGAGGUAGCUGAUAUCAAGACAGAGGUGAAAUGGUACAAGGAUGGCAAGUUGCUGACUUCGAGUAAGACAAUCCAUGCAGAAUCGAAGGGCAAGAGCCGGCAGCUGGUAAUCGACAGCGUUGAGAAGAAGGAUACUGGGGAGUACAUCUGUGAGGCUGGAACUGAGAAGCUGUCUUUUAAGAUACAGGUGGCAGAAGCCCCAGCUGGCUUCUCUAACAAGGAGUCAGUCAAAAAGGAGGUGAAAGCUACUCUGUCGCAGAAAGCCACCCUGAGCUGUGAGGUUUCUGAUUCCAAGACAGAAGUGAAAUGGUACAAGGAUGGCAAGCUGCUGACUUCCAGCAAAGCAGUCCACAUGGAGUCAAAGGCCAAGAAUCGUGAGCUGGUGAUAGAAAAAAUGGAGAAAAAAGAUGCUGGAGAAUACACAUGUGAGGCUGGAACAGAGAAGCUGGUAUUCAAGUUGCAGAUGACAGAUGCAGCUGUCAAGUUCCAGAAGAAGCUAGUCAACGAUGCUUGUAUUGUUCAAGCAAGUGAAAACAUUGUUUUAACCACUGAGCUGAACUCAGAGAGUGGAAGUGUGAAGUGGUUUAGAGAUGGUGUGGAGCUUAAGGAGAGCAGCAAGUAUGAAAUGAAAAAAGAUGGCUUUUCUCGUACCCUCAUUGUAAAAUCCACUGAAACUAAAGACAGUGGAUCAUACUCUUGUCAAACUGCGGAUGACAAACUGGAGUUCAAAGUUCAAGUUAAAGAUGCAGCUUUGAAGUUUGUUGUCCCUUUGAAACCUGCUACAGUGGAGUUGGGCGGCACACUUAGCCUGGUUUGUGAGCUAAAUCAAGCCACAGGGGAUGUCAUCUGGCAGCGUGAUGGUCGUGAGAUUAAACCUGGAGGCAGGCACUGUGUUAGGACAGAUGGUGCUAAGCGGGUUCUCACUGUGACUGGCAUGACUAAAGAAGAUGAAGGAGAAUACAGCUGUGAAUGCAGAAAUGAUAAGACCUCUGCUAAAGUCUCCUCAAAGGCACCCAGAGUAGUGCGGCUGACCACCAAACUGAACAAUGUGGCAGCAAUGGAGGGAAAAGAUGCCAUUUUCAAGUGUGCUGUUGCUCCAGCGGAUGUGAACGUGAGAUGGUUCCACAACAGUAUUCCCAUCGCUGUUGGGCCCAAGUACAAGGUUGAGCAUGGUGGUAGCAGUCACUCACUCACCAUCAUCUCUGUCACACAAAAAGAUGCUGGAGAGAUCAGUGUUGACGCAGAAGGCAAAAGCUGCAAAGCUACCCUACAAGUGCAACAUGAGCCAGUGACAUUUAAGAAAAAGCUAGAAAACAUAACAGUGGAGGAGCAGAGUGAAGUGAAGCUGGAGGUGGAGCUCAGUAAGGCAUCGGAUGAAGUCAAAUGGAUGAAGAAUAGUGUGGUGCUCCAGCCUGCAGGAAAUAUGGAGAUUCGAGUGAAUGGAGCUAAGCAGAGCCUGGUCUUCAAAAGUGUGACUCAUGCUGACCGGGGCAUCUACUCCUGUGAAACUCUGGAUGACAAAACCCAGGCCAAACUCACUGUGGAAAUGAAGAAGGUCCAGGUAAUAAAGGGCCUAACAGAAACCAAGGCACAUGAGACAGAGACAGUGACUCUUGAGGUAGAACUCAGCCAGGCAGACGUUGAAGGCUCCUGGACCAGGGAUGGCGCCAAAUUAAGGCCGGGAGCAAACUGCCGCAUCACAGUUUUGGGAAAGAAGCAUGCCUUAACAUUCUCUAAUCUCAAGAGGGAAGAUGCAGGCACUGUUGCCUUCCAAGCAGAAGGAGUACAUGUUUCUUGCAAACUGAUUGUCACAGAACCUCCUGCCAUGAUCUCUAAACCCAUUCUGGAUAUCAGUGUUCCUGAGAAGGAGAAGGUCACUUUUGAAUGCGAAGUGUCCAGAACAAAUGCCGAUGUUAAAUGGUUCAAGGGUGAUGUAGAACUGAAACCAGGAAAGAACUUUGGCAUCCAUUCUUUGGGCCGGAAGCGCUCUUUGGUCCUCAACAAAUGCACCUACGAAGAUGCAGGCACUUACAUCUGUCGCACUGCUGAUGAUAACACCUCUGCCAAGCUCACCGUUCAGGCCAGAGAUAUUAAAAUUGUUAAGAAGCUGGAGGAUGUGGAGGUGAUGGAGAAGGAGAGUGCUGCAUUUAUUUGUGAAAUCUCACAUGAUGAAGUGGAAUGCCAGUGGUUCAAAGGAAGUGCCAAACUCAAAGUUGGUGACAAUAUCAAGAUGAGACAAGAGGGCAGAACCUAUGUACUGCUGUUCAAAUCCGUCACCCCAGAAGACAUGGGUGAGAUUAAAUUCACAGCUGACAAGGCAUCUUCGACUGCAAAGCUCAAAGUGAAAGAGCUGCCUGUGAAGUUUGUGAAGAGACUCAGGGAUAAGAUAGCGAUGUAUAAGCAUCGUGGUCACCUUGAAUGCCAAGUUUCACGUGCCAGUGCAAAGGUGAAGUGGUACAAGAAUAAGAUGGAGAUCAAACCCAGCAAGAAGUAUGAGAUCAAGAGUGAGGAUGUGUACCGAAAACUCACCAUCAACGACGUGGACGAGCGUGAUGAAGACACGUACACCUGUGACGCCACUGACGACAAGACAUCCUGUAAACUACUUGUAGAAGAGCAGUCCAUCAGCAUUGUGCGGGAACUUAGUUCAGUUGAAGUGACAGAACCCUUUGCAGCUGUUUUUGAAGUUGAAAUCAGUAUGGAAUUGGUGAAACCUCCUACAUGGACUCUGAAUGGAGUUGCUGUUCAGGAGAGUACUGAUGUUGAAAUGGAGAAAGAAGGCACCAUGCACCGUCUUACAUUCAAAAAGACCAAAGCAUCAAUGACAGGACCUGUGCAGUUUACAGCAGGGAAGAGCAAAUCUGUAGCCCAGCUCACAGUCAAAGAGCGUCCGCUUGAGAUUGCAGAGCCCAUCAAGGAUGUGAAGGCAAAGGAGAAAAGCUCAGCCAUGCUUACCUGCAAAUUCUCUGCCUCACCCAAAGAUGUUAAGUGGUUCAAAGGUCAGGUAGCUCUGACAGCAUCAGACAAGUAUAACAUAAAGCAAGAUGCUACAAGGGCUCAACUUACCAUUCAGAGGUUGACUGAGGAGGACAGUGGAGAGUACCGCUGUGAGUCUGGACCUGCUAAGUCCAAAGGCACACUUACUGUUGAAGUGCGUGAAAUUAAGGUCACCAAGCACUUGGCUGACACAGAGGUUGACGAAGACAGCGAUGCAGUGUUCACAAGUGAGAUUAACUAUCCAGAUGAAGAGGUACAGUGGCUUCUGAAUGACAAGGUGCUCUUCACAAAUGAAGUCAACACCAUCACUCAUGAAGGAAAGAUUCACAAGCUCACACUGAAGAACCUGGCACCUCAGGAUGGAGGUACUAUCACCUUUCAAGUACGCAAGGUGAAAGAGUCUGUGACACUUAAGGUUAAAGAGAAGCGUGCUGUCUUUCUCAAGUCUCUUGAUGAUGUCAUUGGGGAGGAGAAAGGCAUGAUAACUCUGGCAUGCGAGGCGUGCAAGCCCAGGGUUUCUCCCACAUGGAGAAAAGAAGGUAAAGUCUUAAAGGCUGGACCAAAGUAUGAGCUCCUUCACACGGGCAAGUCUUUGGGACUAAUCAUCAAGGACGUCACCAAAGAAGAUGCCGGAGAGUAUACUUGUGAUCUUGGAACUGAGGUUUCUAAAGCAAAGGUCACUGUAAGAGAGAUUGGCAUUGGAAUUACCAAAUGGCUGAAAUCAGCUGAGGUGAAUGAAGGAGAGGAGUGUAGCUUUGAGUGCAUUUUGUCUCGUGAGAGCACGGAUGAGUGUUCCUGGACUGUUAAUGGCCAAACUGUUACAAAUGGAGGUCGCUUCAGAGUCACCAGUAAAGGUCGCAAGUACAUGCUGACCAUUAAAGAUGUUACUCCUGCUGAUGCUGGAGAGGUGGUCUUCAAGAUUAAAGACCUGAGCUCUAAAACAACAUUAACAGUCGAAGGUAAAGCUUCAUCUGUGUUGAAAGGACUGCAGAAUGUUUGCGCUGUUAAAGGAGAAGAUGCUGUAUUUACCUGUGAGGUAACAAAGGCCAGUUUCACUGUAAAUUGGGCCAAGGAAGGCAAAGCCAUCAGAAAGAGCCAGAAGUAUGACAUUAGCCAUGAGGACAGGAUCAUGAAGCUGAUCGUCCAUAAUGUCUCGGCUCAAGACUCUGGAGAGUACAGCUGUGAAGUUGUUGGAGGCGCAACCACCAAAGCCAAGCUGGAGAUCAAGGAACCAAUCCAUAAAUUCACUAAAGCGUUGAAGGAUAGCCAGGCAGAGGAGAAGAGCUCCGUGACCUUGCAAUGUGAGACCGCACUGACCCCUUCCACUGUGGUAUGGCUUAAGGGUCACACAGAGCUCAAGGCUGGAGGUCGAUAUGAGAUGUUCCAGAAGGAAGGGGUCUUAACCCUCACCAUCAAACACCUGGAGGAGAAAGACACUGAUAUUUACACUUGUGACGUAGGCACUGCGAAGAGCAUGGCAAAGGUGACAGUCAAAGCCCGGCCUGCUAGUUUUAAAGAGGAACUCAAGAACCAGGAGAAAAACAAAGGAGAGACUGUGACACUUUGCUGCAAGUUAUCGAAACCUGUGGCCGACAUUCAGUGGAAGAAAGGCUCUGAAAUUCUCAAAACUGGAGAGAAGUAUGAGAUGAAGCAGAAGGAGACUUUAUGUGAGCUUCAGAUCAAGAAUUUGAAGACUGAAGAUAGUGGAGAGUAUUCUUGCGUGUGUGGGGACCAGAAGACAUCUGCAACUGUGAAAGUCAACGCAUUGCCGCCAGCCUUCAGACAGAAGCUGGAGAGCCUGAAGGCUGAGGAGGGAACCAGCAUUAGUCUGCGCUGUGAACUCUCUGAAACCGGAGUCCCUGUUGAGUGGAAAAAGGGAACGCAAGUCCUGAAGUCUGGAGAAAAGUAUCAGAUGAUGCAAAAGGACUGUGUGAAUGAACUCCUGAUAAAUAAAGUGGUGACAGAAGAUAGUGGAGACUACAGCUGUGUUUGUGGAGACCAAAAGACCACAGCCAGCCUCAGCGUUAAUGCCCAACCAGUGACCUUCAAACAGAAGCUGGAGAACCAGGAGGCUGAGGAGGGAACCAGCGUUUCUCUGCAAUGUGUGAUCACCAAACCUGGAAUUCCUGUUGACUGGAAGAAGGGAACACAGCUCUUGAAGUCUGGAGAAAAGUACCAGAUGAAGCAGAAGGACUCUGUGAAUGAACUCCUGAUCAACAAAUUGGUCCCAGAAGACAGUGGAGACUACAGCUGUGUUUGUGGAGACCAGAAGACCACAGCCAGCCUCAACGUUAAGGCCCAACCAGUGACCUUCAAAAAGAUGCUGGAGAGCCAGGAGGCUGAAGAGGGAACCAGUGUUACUCUGCGAUGUGAGAUCUCCAAACCUGGAGUCUCUGUUGAGUGGAAGAAGGGAACACAAGUCCUGAAGUCUGGAGAAAAGUACCAUAUGAAGCAGAACGCCUCUGUGAAUGAACUCCUGAUCAACAAAGUGGUGCCAGAAGACAGUGGAGACUACAGCUGUGUUUGUGGAGACCAGAAGACAACAGCCAGCAUCAAUGUUAAGGCCCAACCGGUGACCUUCAAAGAGAAGCUGGAGAGCCAGGAAGCUGAGGAGGGAACAAAUCUUACCCUGCGCUGUGAGAUCUCCAAACCUGGAGUCCAAGUGGAGUGGAAAAAAGGAACACAGGUGCUGAAGUCUGGAGAAAAGUAUCAGAUGAAGCAGAAGGACACUGUGAAUGAACUCCUGAUCAACAAGGUGGUGCCAGAUGACAGUGGAGACUACAGCUGUGUUUGUGGAGACCAGAGGACCACAGCUAGUCUCAAUGUCAAGGCCCAACCAGUGACCUUCAAAGAGAAGCUGGAGAACCAGGAGGCUGAGGAGGAAACCAGCGCUACUCUGCGAUGUGAGAUCUCCAAACCUGGGGUCCAAGUGGAGUGGAAGAAGGGAACACAGGUCCUGAAGUCUGGAGAAAAGUAUCAGAUGAAGCAGAAGGACUCUGUGAUUGAACUCCUUAUAAAUAAAGUGGCGCCAGAAGACAGUGGAGAUUACAGCUGUGUUUGUGGAGACCAGAAGACCACAGCCAGUCUCAAUGUCAAGGCCCAACCAGUGACCUUCAAAGAGAAGCUGGAGAACCAGGAGGCUGAAGAGGGAACCAGUGUUACUCUGCGAUGUGAGAUCUCCAAACCUGGAGUCUCUGUUGAGUGGAAGAAGGGAACACAGGUCCUGAAGUCUGGAGAAAAGUACCUGAUGAAGCAGAAGGCCUCUGUAAAUGAACUCCUGAUCAACAAAGUGGUGCCAGAAGACACUGGAGAUUACAGCUGUGUGUGUGGAGACCAAAAGACCACAGCCAGCCUCAACGUUAAGGUGACCUUCAAAGAGAAGCUGGAGAACCAGGAGGCUGAGGAGGGAACCAACGUUUCUCUGCGAUGUGUGAUCACCAAACCUGGAGUCUCUGUUGAAUGGAAGAAGGGAACACUGGUCCUGAAGACUGGAGAAAAGUACCAGAUGAAGCAGAAGGACUCUGUAAAUGAACUCCUGAUAAAUAAAGUGGUCCUAGAAGACAGUGGAGACUACAGCUGUGUUUGUGGAGACCAGAAGACCACAGCCAGCCUCAACAUUAAGGCCCAACCAGUGACCUUCAAAGACAAGCUGGAGAACCAAGAGGCUGAGGAGGGAACCAGCGUUACUCUGCGAUGUGAGAUCUCCAAACCUGGAGUUCCUGUUGAGUGGAAGAAGGGAACACAGGUCCUGAAGUCUGGAGAAAAGUACCAGUUGAAGCAGAAGGACUCUGUGAAUGAACUCCUGAUCAACAAAGUGGUGCCAGAAGACAGUGGAGACUACAGCUGUGUUUGUGGAGACCAGAAGACCACAGCCAACCUGAGUGUCAAGGCUGUGAAGCUGUCAGCUCCUCCUUCAGCUGCUAAACUGGAAUCUAAGAGGCAGGAGGCCAAAGAAACAGUAGCAGCCAAGAUGCCUGAGGCUCUGUCUAUAAUAGACAAGCAGAAGAAGCAAGAGAUAAUUGAGACAGUGGAAGCUGUGACACUGCCAUCUACUGGACAGACUCCUACACAGCAGCAUCUCAAACAAGAGAUUCUGAGAGAUUCACAAGAGCUCAAAGUAGGAGGCGAAGCUGAAAAGACUGUUGCUGGAAUAGCUGCCAAACAAGAUUCACAGAGACAGGGGACCAAAGAGGCAGCAGAAGUUCUUCCAGCCGUAGUCAUUCGAGACAUGGAGAGCCUGGAGGUUGAAGAGGGAGGCAUUGUCACUCUGCAUUGUGAGCUUUCCAAACCUGGACUGCCUGUUGAGUGGAAGAAGGAAACUCAAGUCCUGAGUUGUGGAGAAAAAUACCAAUCAAAACAAACAGGAUGCAUUUAUGAGCUACAAAUCUUUGGCUUGAGACCUGGAGACACAGGGAGCUACUCCUGCUGUUCCGAGGACACAACAAGCUCAGCCUCCCUUGUAGUAAAUGCUGCCCCGGUUAUUUUCACAAAAGAGCUUGAAAGCCAAACAUCUGAUGAAGGUGACAGUGUGAGCCUGCAUUGUGAGCUUUCUAAACCUGGUGUUCUUUUGGAGUGGAGGAAAGGAGAACUUGGUCUUUGUCCUUGUGCCAAGUAUGAAAUUAUACAAACAGGACACCUGGCUACACUAAUUAUCCACGAUAUAGACCCAGAGGAUUCUGGGAGUUACACAUGUGACACUGGUGACUGUCAGAGUACCGCACAACUAGCUGUGAAGGCCCAGCCUGUCCUUUUCAAAACUCAGCUGCAGAACCUUGAGAGACAGGCUGGGGACAGCGCUAGUCUUCGCUGCAAAACCACAAAACCUGGAGCCAGUGUGGUCUGGAGGUGUGGUGACAGGGUGCUUGCAUCCAGCAGCAAGUAUCACCUGAAACAGGAGGGAACUGUAGUUGAGCUUGUCAUCUAUAAACUGCAUGCAGAAGAUACAGGAGAAUACUCCUGUGAUACAGGCAGCCAGAGGACUUCAGCUGUCCUCACUGUGCAGGAGAUUGAGGUUAACAUACUGAAAUUCCUGGAGAGCUGCGUUGUAUAUGAAGGUGAAGAUGUCCACUUCGAAUGCCUGGUUUCUCAUGAGGAGGCACCCCUGGCCCAGUGGAAACUCCAGGAUGUACCACUACAGAAUAAUCAAAUGAACCUGAUCAAGACUGAGGGUCGGGUGCACAGCCUCACGCUCAGAGGCGUCACUAAAGCUGACUCGGGAACAGUCACUUUCACAGUGGGAAACCACACUUCCACUGCUUCUCUGACAGUCAGAGCCGCACCUGUACUAUUCAAAAAGGAGCUGGAAAGUCAAGAGGCCACUGAAGGAGAAAAGGCCACCCUGUCCUGUGAGACAUCAAGCGCGGACUGCAAGGUGACCUGGCUGAAGGGCUCAACUGCACUGACCCAUGGGGAGAAGUAUAGUAUGGAGCAGAGAGCUACCAUUCAAACCCUGGUCGUACACAAGCUGAAUGUGAAGGAUAGCGGAGAAUACACCUGUGAUACCGGGGACAAGAGAAGUGCUGCUACUCUGACUGUGAAAGAGCAUGUGCGCAUCAUCCGGGAGCUCUGUGAUACAACUGUGACCACUGGGCAGGAUGCUGUCUUUGAGGUUGAAUUGUCACAUGCAGGCGUGACAAACGGGGAAUGGUGGCUUGGAGACAACAACCUCCAAAAUAACGAUCUCAAUCAGAUGAGCAGCCAGGGCAGAGUGCACCGUUUGGUCCUGAAGAUGGUGACCACAGAUGAAUCCGGGGACGUUGCCUUUGUAGUGGGGGAAGAGAAGAGUGUGGCCUGUCUUCUGGUGGAGGAGAAACCCAAAGUGCUAAUUCUAGAGAAGCCACACAACACUGUUGCAUUAGAGGGCGAAACGGUCACUCUGGCCUGCACCAUCUCUGACCCCAAAGCCACAAUCUCCUGGAUCAGAAACAACGUGGCCAUCCAAGCAGGUCUCAAGUAUGACCUGAAGAACAAUGGAGCAUUCCACCAGCUUCGCAUCCACAACCUGGCGCCUGAAGACUCAGGAACAUAUACCUGUGACACUGGAGAUGCACAGUGUGACGUCACCUUGACUGUGGAAGGUGCCCCAGUGUACUUUUGCAAAGAGCUCAAGAACCAGGAUACCAUGGAGGGUUAUGAUAUUACCCUGGACUGUGAGCUGUCUAAGCCAGGUGUGCGUGUUGAAUGGAGGAAAGGAGGCAUGGUACUCGAGUCCGGUAGGAAGUAUGAGAUGAGGCAGGAAGGGUGCGUUCAAGAGCUCUGUAUACGGAACCUGGAGCCUGAAGACAGUGGCUACUACACCUGUGAUGCAGGAGACCAGCUCACUACAGCUUCUUUGGUAGUGCAAGCGAAAGAAGUCUUCAUUGUGUGUGAUCUUAAGCCCACUGACGUCUUUGUUGGGGAAUGGGCAACCUUCUCCUGCCAGCUGUCCGGUAGGGCACCGGGCAAGGUGCAGUGGUGGCUGGAUGGCAACUUGCUGGAGAACAGCCCCUUUAGUGAGAUAGGGCUGAGCCAGGGCCACAUCCACACACUCACCUUAAAGAACUUGGCCACAGAUGACUCUGGAACCGUCAUGUUCAAAGCUGGCAGUUUAACAUCAGCAGCCAAGCUCUUAGUCAAAGAUCCCACAGUUGAAGUGGUGAGCGACAUGGAGGACCUUCGGGUGGUCGAAAACCAACCGGCUGAGUUCAUCUGCCAGUUCUCAAGGCCUGUCAAGGCUCAGUGGAAGAAAGAUGGGCAGCCAUUGCAGCCUGAUGGCCGAAGGGUGGUAGUGGAGCAGGACUGGAAUGUGGCUCGGUUGUACAUUAGCCGUGUGUCCGCUGAAGACAGGGGCAGUUACUCCUGUGAAGCACAGGGUACCUGUGUGGUCGCUUCACUUCAUGUGGAAGCCAAACCCAUUAACAUUGUCCAGGGCCUGGAGAAUGUAGAGACCUUUGAUGGAGGUGAAGCUCUGUUUGAGUGCGCCCUCUCUCGUCCUGAGAGCAAAGAUUGCCGUUGGCUACUUGACGGGAAGCCAGUGAAGGAAUCCCCCAAUGCUGAGAUUGUGACAUUUGAGAGUGGUCGUCGUCAUUUGCUCCUACUGAAAGAGUUGCGUACUAAAGACAGUUGCACAGUAACCUUCAAAGCUGGCACAGCAUCCACAUCUGCCCAACUCUCUGUCAAAGGCUGGCAACUAGACAUUGUGAAGGGUCUGGAGGACAAGGUGGUUGCGGUGGGAGACAAGGUUGAGUUUUGUGUUGAGCUCACCGAGCCAGUCCCUUCGACAGAAAUAGCCUGGUAUGCUAAUGGAGUUGAGAUCAAGUCCAGUGACCUAUGGGCUAUGAGGGCUGAUGGCUGCUCUUAUCGCCUUGUCCUGAGACAGGCACCUCUUUUGCCACAGCAGGAAAUUACAUUUGCUGCUAGAGAUGCCCUCUCUUUGGCCAAGCUCACUAUCAUCACUGUGCCUGAUCCUCCAGAGGACCCAGAGGUCCUCAGUAAGACUAAACAGUCUGUCAGCCUCUCUUGGUUCACUCCUCUACACGAUGGAGGGAGUCCAAUUUUGGGCUACAGGGUGGAGAUGCGGCUGGUAGACAGUGCUCUCUGGCUCCCAUGUCACUCUGAACCUGUGUGCAACACUGAGUUUGUGGUUGAAAAACUGACACCAGGGAGUUGCUACAGGUUUAGGGUGGCGGCCAUCAACAGAGCUGGGACCGGAGAGCCUGUUGAGUUGCCUCAGACUGUGCAGCUUGAGGCAGCCACGAAGCCACUAGUUUCCCCAGGUCCUGAUGCAAAACAGGUAGAGGCGGAAAAACUUCAGCCCAGUCUUCCUCCAGAAGCUGCUGAAGAAGGGGAUAUCCAUGACCUAUGGGAGGAAUCAGCAAAGAAGCGGCGCAUGAGUCGAGAGCCCACUCUUGACUCCAUCACUGAGCAACCCGACGAUGACAGUAAAGGUAGUCAAAAGAAAACAGGACAGAAGGAAUCAGAGGAAGUGGAAGUUAAAUCAGGACAGAAGGAGCAGGCUGUUGUGGCAAAGAAGCAUACAGAGAUUACCAGUUCCGAGGAUGAGUCUGUUUCUGGUGGUCCAUCUCUCGUAUCCUACCUCAAGAAGAGCAGCAAGACUACUGUCACAGCCACCAACGAGGCAGGGACUAUGUCCACUGAUAGGUUCUUUAAGCUUUUCCAGAUGACAGAGGAGAAGACAGUGCAACAGACUGAUGUAAAAACAACCACAGUUCAACAGACAGCUGAAAAACAGGUGUCUACACAGGAGACUGAAACCAUAGAGAUCAACAAAGAAGAUGAGCCUGAGCUCAGAGAAGCUGCCAUUAAAAUUCAAGCUGCCUUCAAGGGUUACAAAGCCCGCAGAGACAUGCGUCCUGUCUUUAAAGAGACCUUCAAAGACCAGACCAAAGAACCUAAUGGCACCAUACAUCUUGAAUGUGUGGCAGAAGGAAAACCUGACAAGGUGAGAUGGCUAAAGGAUGGAGAACCACUGACAGAUGGCAAGCACCACCAUAUUGAUAUCUACAAUGAUGGUACUUGCUCACUGGUCAUCACUGCCAUCACCACAAAGGAUACUGGGGUUUACACUUGUGAAGUCACCAACAAGUUUGGAGUGUCAUCUCACAGUGGUAAGGUCACAGUAGGAACGGAAAGAGAAUCAUCCGGACGACGACCAUUGACAGUAGGUUACAGUGCUGACAGUGAGGCCGAGAGCUCCUCAGGAAGUGAGAUGGAUGAGUCACUAAGGCAGGCUAGCAGACGUCUCCGGCGCCUGCUGCGCACACGUCUCCCACCAGAUGUUGAGGAAGAGCCAUUUGUCAGUGCAGAUGAAGGAGACCUGCGUCCCCCAGAUCCCCACUCUUACCGUGAAGAUGACACUUACAUAUACAUUCGCUUCAACUCACGGGGAGAGGCUGAGGUGGCAUCAAAGAGGUUCCAGGAGAUGUUCACCAUCCAUGGGGUUCCUGUGGAGACCACCAUACUGGACGCAGGGCACCUUAAAGUGGAGCUGCGAAUUAGGAAAAUGGGCUACACUCAAGAUGGAACACAGACCCCCACACAAGAAAGACAGCCUCCUGCAUUCAUGGCUGGAGCUCAGGCUGCUCCAGUCUUCCUGACAGAGCUACGAAGUCAGGAUGUUCCAGACGGUUAUCCAGUCAGCUUUGACUGUGUUGUCAUUGGCAAGCCCCCUCCCACCGUUCGCUGGUAUAAGGAUGGCAAACUGCUGGAGGAGAAUGACCAUUACAUGAUCAAUGAAGACCAGGAGGGCUGCCACCAACUCAUCAUUACCACUGUGCUGCCUACUGACAUGGGUGUCUAUCGUUGCACAGCUGAAAACAGCAGCGGCAUCACAGCCACUAAGGCUGAACUCAGGGUCGAUGUGUCUUGCAGCUCAGAUUACGACACUGCUGCUGAUGCCACUGAGACAUCUUCCUAUGUCAGUGCCAAGGGCUACAUGUCCAGGGAAACUGAGACAUUUGAGUCCGUAGCUGAAGAUGAUCAACUACCACAAGUUGUGGAGGAGCUUCAUGAUGUUCAUGUCUGUCCAGGUGCACCUCUUGCUAAGAUGCAGCUUAAAGUGAAGGGAUUCCCAAAACCCAGAGUAUACUGGUUCAAAGACAGCCACCCUCUGCGACCCUCAGACAGGAUUAUGUUGGUAGCAGAGAGAGAGGUUCAUGGUGUGAAGAUCCUGGAGGUGAAGAGAGAGGAUAUGGGAGAGUACUCUGCCUACAUCAGCAAUGCGGCUGGUUCUGCUUACUCCUCUGCUCGGCUGAUAGUUCUGAGUCCAGGGGAGAUUAUGCCACAAGAUAAAAGAGACCCCAAGGAGCACCUGGUGCCACCCCGCUUCCUUGAGAGGUUCAGCAACAGGAAGGUGAAACAAGGGGCCAGCAUCACUCUGUCUGUCAAAGUAGAAGGGUCCCCAACUCCUAUGGUCUCCUGGCUAAAGGAGGAAUCAAUGGAGGAUGUCCUGUGGAUCAAGCCUGAUACUAAGGGAUACAAAAUGGCAAGCUCAGGUCGCCAGCACAGCCUCAUAUUGAUGGACGUGGGCACAGAAUACACUGGCGCCUACACCUGCAUUGCCACAAAUAGUGCAGGGCAGUCAAUCUGCACUGCACACCUCGAGGUUGAUGAGACACCGCAACCAAAGAAAGAGACCAAAGCAUCAGAGGUUCUUGGGAUUACAGUUAGUCCUCCAGAAGGGGAGGCCAGUAGAGGGCAUGAGGGUAAAAUCCCAUACCUAGGUGAAGUAGGUACAGAGGAAUUCCUCAUGAAACUCACCUCCCAGAUCACUGAAAUGGUAUCAGCCAAGUUUACUCAAGACAGCUUACAGAAUCACGAAGUGCUCCAGUGGAUGAAAUCUUGGCCCAAAACUACGACUUCAUUACGCGUACCAGGUGCAGACAGUGAUGAUGAGACCAAGACUCCUUCUGCAUCACCUCAUCACGGUCACUCUCGUCCUCCCUCCCUCAUUGCUGACUCCUCGUCUGAGUCUGAUGAGGGGGAUGCCAGGGGAGAGAUGUUUGACAUCUAUGUGGCAACAGCUGACUACAACCCCACCAUGGCAAGCAAAGAAUCCAUCUCACUCAAGGAGGGACAGUAUGUUGAGGUUUUGGACUCAGCUCAUCCCCUCAAAUGGUUAGUCCGGACCAAACCCACCAAAACUACACCAUCCCGCCAAGGCUGGGUCUCACCUGCCUACCUGGACAAGAAACUCAAACUCUCUGCUGACACAGGUGACCUUCCGGAGACGAGUGGAGAGGAGGUGUCUGAGGCUGAGUACAAGAGGAAGUUAUUCCAACUGAUCCACGACCUGAUAAAUGGGGAAUCAGAAUUUGUAAAAGAGGUAGACUUCUUUACCUCCCACCACCUGAAGCAUGCAGAUGUCCCAGAUGCACCGCCUGAAGUCAGCAGCCAGAAGGACACUAUAUUCAGAAACAUUGAAGAUAUCAAAUCCUUCCAUAGCAAGGCAUUCCUCCCAAAGUUGAAUGAUUGUGAGACGGAUGACGAUGUAGCCAUGUGCUUCCUGAAGAGCAAGGAGGGCUUUGAGAAGUACCUGCAGUAUCUUGUUGGUCAGGGUUUAGCUGAAUCUGCUAUCAGUGACAAGACUGUCCACCGUUUCUUCAAGGAGUACACUGAUAAAGUCCAAGCCAGUGCAGACCCUGCUGAACCCCCUGUACGCAGCAUCAACGCCGGCCUCCAACAGCCACUGGAUAGGAUUCAGAAGUACAAGGCCAUCCUCAAGGAGCUCAUUCGAAACAAGGCAAGAAACGGCCAGAACUGCUGCCUCCUGGAAGAGGCGUACGCCAUGGUGUCUGCACUCCCUCAGCGCUCUGACAAUACACACCAUGUGUCCAUGAUCGAGAACUAUCCUGCCACACUGGAAGUAUUAGGAGAGCCAAUUAGACAGGGACCCUUCCAAGUGUGGGAAGGGGCUCCAGGAAUUAGGUCGUCCUCCAGAGGUCACCACCGCCAUGUCUUCUUGUUUAAGAACUACUGUAUUAUCUGCAAACCCAAGAGAGACAGCAACACUGAUACACAAGCAUAUGUCUUCAAGAACAUGAUGAAGUUGAAUAACAUUGAUGUGAAUGAGACCGUGGAGGGCGACGAUCGUGCCUUUGAGAUCUGGCAUGAACGUGAGGACUCUGUGAGGAAAUACACCUUGCAGGCUCGAACUGUUACCAUCAAGAACUCCUGGCUGAGGGACUUCAGAGAACUGCAGCAGCGAUACAGCAUGCCUGCAUGGAGUCCUCCUGACUUUGACGAAAUUCUGGCAAACUGCACCGCAGAGCUGGGACAGACUGUUAAACUGGCCUGUAAAGCCACUGGCAUACCCAAACCUACGGUCACUUGGUACAAGGAUGGACGUGCUGUGGAGGCUGAUCCUCAUCACAUCAUCAUUGAGGACCCUGAUGGUUCCUGCACACUGAUCCUUGACAACAUGACAGCAGAUGAUUCUGGACAAUACAUGUGCUUUGCCACAAGCUCAGCCGGCAACGCCAGCACUCUGGGCAAGAUCACUGUUCAGGUGCCUCCUCGUUUUGUGAAUAAAAUGAGGAAUGCUGUAUUCGUGGCCGGUGAGGACGCUCAGUUCACCUGUGUCAUACAGAGCGCCCCCAGCCCCAAGAUCAGGUGGUUCAAGGAUGGCAGGCUGCUGACUGACCAGGAGAAGUAUCAGACGUACAGCGAGCUCCGCAGUGGGGUUCUCGUCUUAGUCAUCAAAAACCUGACAGAGAGAGACCUGGGACACUACGAGUGUGAGCUGUCCAACCGUCUGGGCAGUGCCAAGUGUGCUGCUGAUUUAAUUCCACCCUCUGCUGUGGCUCGUACUGGUGAGCAGGCUAUCACUAUCGAAGUUACAGAGCAGGAGACUAGAAUACCAAAGAAAACCAUCAUCAUUGAGGAGACUAUAACCACUGUGGUAAAGAACCCACGCAUGAGGAGGCACAGAUCCCCCGGAGCAUCCCUUGUUGGAGCUCACCGCUCAGAGACCUCCACCCCAGAGCCCCCAACAGCCAGGGUGAGGAGGAUGCCCGCCGCAAGAAAGACAACAAUCCCGACCCUCUAUGUCACUGAACCUGAGGGUGCUGAAGUCAGGGUCGUGGAGAGCAAGCCCAGGUGGGUUGAGGUAGAGGAGGUCAUCGAGUACAAGGUCAACAAAUCGCCCAGGCUGCUCAGGAGGAGAGGCAUUUCCCCGGCAGGGUCUGAUCGUGCAGCUACACCUUCCAGACCCAAGCGGUCUCCCCCGGAAAACCCAAACACCAACAAUUCCAACAACAAGCUGGUGGUGCAGGCCCAGCUUCCGGAAGACGUCAGCAGCCAGCCGCUCUCCUGGGUGGAAGAGGAGGGUCAUGUCACCUCUGGUUCUGUCACACUAAUCCCCGGAGAGCCACAUGAGCUCUCAUCCAUCCUCGCUGCAGAUGGAGAGGACAGCAGCGACCUGGAUGAUCAACAAACUGUCAUCUUUGAACCAGAUGACGAAGAUCAUGAUCACAAGUCAUCGGCAAAACAGGAGCCUCAGAUUCUGACACAAGGAGGCCGCGUCCUGACCCUCGAAGACUUGGAGGAUUACGUCCCAGAAGAAGGAGAGACAUAUGGCGCCUCCAACGUCCACAGCGUCGCUGCAGAGACGCCCUGUGAGAUCUCUGUGCUGCAGAGGGAGAUUGGCGGGUCUGCUGUGGGGCAGCCGGUGGUCCUCAACGUGGGCCGUCCCAUCACGGCGCCAAGGCAGAGGAGCGGAUUCUUCAGCCGCUUCAGGGAGCAUCUCCUCCCCAGCAGCCUUUUCUCAUCUGCUGCCCCCCAAGCCAGCGGAGCCCGGUCCAGGACGGAGAGGCACGUCCCCAUCCAAGUGAGCCACGCCAAACUGGAAGUGAAGCCAUCAUACUGCUCAGAGGUGCAGAGAGUCGAGGGUGGGCAGCAGAGCUUCAAAACCAAAGUGUCAACUCAGACCUACGGCUACACAUCAGUGGGAAACCCGGUCACUCUUCAAAUCAGUGAUAACCUUUAUCAGAACCAGUAGUAAGCAAACUAUUUUGAUUUAGUACCACAAACCCUCUUAGUCUUAAACGGGGACAUUUCUACCUAGAUGACGAAUGAGACAUAUUCUAACCUGAAGUAUAUUUACUGCAUUUGACAAACCAUUCCAUUUUAAAGCUGCCCAUCCAAAAAUAGGCUCCUCCUCUGAGUCUGUUUCUUUACAAAUGGUUAGAGUCAGAUGGUGUCUUUGGAUGAGAUGAGUUGGAAAAUAUAGCUAUCACUAAGUCACUGUGUUUCAGUCCCUGCGCUGCUCUGUUAGAAAUGCUUCAAGACACAUACAUUAUGUGUUUUACAGUAUCCACAGUGGACAGAAACCAAGAAAUGAAGGCUAUUACUGAUGAACAAUUUCAUCAUGUUGUAGACACCUUUACAAAAUGAUAACCUUUGACCCACCAAUAUUUACUGAUUCAAGCAUUAUCAUUAACGGAGACUGUUGCUAUAUACAUAAACAAAUAGUACACUAUUUUUAGCUAGCUAUAUUUCUUGGUUUUACUUUUGUACCUUUAAAGAAAUGUUGCCUUUUGCACUUUUGCGGUGCCUUUGGAUUCCUGGAGCAGCGAAUGUGGGAGUUAAUGACUUUUAAUGAGGUCAUGUCUACAUGUUACUAGUUCAGUAUUGAUGAGUUCAUUCAUGCAACACUGAUUAUGUUAAGUUAACAACAGAACUCUGGUUGUUGGUGAUUUGGUGAAAUCAUAGUCAGUUUGUCAAAAAAAAAAAGAUCAAUCAUGAGUUCUCUUCUACUUGGGUUGUUUGUGAAGGAUUUGUUGUCGAGCAGUCAGAACGACAGCCUGGUUCACAUCAGAACUCUAUUUGACUGCAUUUACGUUGUAAUUUACGUUUUAAUUGUGAACUGAAUAUUACACUCGGCUUUUGAAACAUUUUUGUGUCUAUGAAUGCAGUGCAGUUACCUUUGAACUCACCGCAUAUCACAGGGAUAUUCAUGUGUAAGCGACAGAUAUUUGAUAUUUGAGUGACUGCAUGUAUUUGCUUCCCCACAGCAGGUGGGUGUUUAUCCAGCGUAACCGGAUUUGUUAUGUCACAUUUGAUUGUGAGUUAAUGUUUAUGUGAAGUACUUGAGCUCACAGAAUUGACUACCUUUUCACUAGAAUACAGAAGCUGUCCCCUGAAAUAUGUGUGGUGUUUGUGUUGUUUUUAGUCAGUGACAAGGAUCAUGUUAUGUAUUAAUAUUAAAGCACAACGGAUUGUAAUUGCUUGUACUGUACAUGUGUAGUUUUUGGAAACAUGUUUGAGUACUCUGUUAAAUCUGAAUGAAAUAAAAUGUAUCGCAAAUAAUGUCCAGAUUUUUUCAGAAUUCUUAUGUAUAGCACACAUUCACCAAAUUCUGCCUCCAGUAUCGUAACAUAUUUAUUAAAGAUUCAACAGAUAACAUUGUCUCACUGCUGGAUGUUUAAUAGAUUUAAUACAUAAUGAUGUCCACAACAACAAGCACAUUAUUAUAAGAGAUGUUUAAGUGUAAAAUAACACAGAGAACUACAUGCAUCUCAGUUGGUGUAACAUUUAAUUACUGUGUAAGUGGACACUUCAAAACUUAAAGAAAUGGAUUGUUAAGGGAAAAAAAACACCAAGUUACAGGAGGGUCAUAAAUAUUUUCAGCUUUCAAGUAAAAGACGAUUUGUGUGCUUGAUUCUAAGCAAUAGGAAAAAAAAGGUAAACACGCAUUUUAAUUCUCCCUCCAAGUUAAAAACGUCACCUUUAGUUAGGAAUCAAAAUAGUCCAGAGUGUCGUUUUGCUGUACAGGUGAGGCUGCAAAAUGAUACAGUUACACAAUAUAAAAGUUAUACAAAUUUACAACUGUAAAAUAAACAGUUAGAUUGUUCUGUCCGAAAAAAUAAUUAUUAAAAGUGACAGUUUUAAGCGUCGUUUUCUAUGUCUAACAUGGAAUUUUAAAUCCUACUAGAGCACGACAGUAUUUAUGGAUAUCAAGCAAACCAAACUUAAUGGAGUUAGCACACUCUGUUGCAAUUUACAAAAAAAUAAAAAUAAAAAAA